CACGAGGAGUUUUGAGGUUAUACUGUCAGUAUCCAUGCGUUUCGGAAAGUAGCCGGAAGCGCAGAAAAUAAGGUUCCUCUACUUUAAGGAUGUGUAGCAUUGGAGAAGAUGAUUUUGGGGAUGAAGGAGGCGCUCAUUCUAUGCCAGUGACAGAAAAGGAGACUCCAGCAGACCUUGGAACUUGCAAGAAGUGCGGAUCUCCAGCGGUUGUGAAGCUGAUCUUCAAGGAGGCUCAGUGCAAGGAUUGCUUCUUGUACUACAUUCGCCACAAAUUCCGUGCCAAUUUGGGCUCCACGAAGAUCCUCCCCCGCAACUGCAAAGUGUUGACAGUAUUCGAUGGCAGUGCCGGCAGUGUCUGCCUUCUUGACCUCGUGAUAACUUCUCUACGGAUGGACAACCAUAAGCGCCUGAACAUGGAUCACUGUGUGGUAUUCUUGGAUGACUCAUUCCUGACAAAGAGAAAAGAGAGUAUCAAUAAGGUUGUCCAGCAAUUCCAGGAGGAAUUCUACUAUAUCUCACUGGCAGACGAUAGCAACACUCCCAAGAAAUGGGAAGCAGAGGUAGAAGUCUCCAAUGACGAAGCAUUUCUGAAGAUGAGAAUGAACUUCUCAAGUCAGACAGCUUGGGAGGACUUUCUUGAGCAGCGUAGGAAGAAUCUCAUCCGGAAAGUGGCCAAGAAGCUCAACUGCAGUCAUGUCUUUCUCCCAGACAUAACAAUAGACCUUGCAUCAAGCCUUCUGAGCAAUAUUUCGCUGGGAAGAGGAUCUUCUGUGGCCUUGGAUGUGGGAUUCAUCGACGAUCGUGAUCCUGAAGUUACGCUUCUGCGGCCAAUACGAGAUCUCACAAUGAAGGAAGUUGAAAAUCACAUUCGUGUGAGGCAAUUGAAAUGCUUACAAGCAGCGGCUUCAGAUUCCCAAGGAAGCAUUCAGAGUUUGACUGAGAAAUUCGUGCUGAAUCUGCAGGAAAACUUCUCCGCUACUGUGUCUACAGUCUUCCGGACGGGGGACAAGCUUGCCCCAAAGAACUUCUCAGACGGAAAUUGUGUUCUGUGUCAGUCGAAUCUCGACUGGAAGGGAUCUAGAACCUUGAGUGCAGUGGAGUUCUCUAGCACAGUCUCAACGGGAGAGGAAGUGGCACCCAGAGAUGAACAAUAUUGCUUCGCAUGCCAGAAAAUCAUAUCAGACUGUCCAGGAAUUUCUCAGUACAUCAUCAAAUAAAGACCAAGAU